AUGGCGCACAUUGUCAAGCAGAUUACCGUGGUCCCUAGUUAUAAGGACUUCGUGGACAUUGUCUUGUCCAAGACACAGAGGAAAACCCCCACCGUUGUACACAAGCACUACAAGAUCUCUCGCAUCCGAGAUUUCUACAUGCGCAAGGUCAAGUUUGCUCAGCAGACGUUUCACGACAAGCUAACUUUGAUCAUUUCUGAGUUUCCCAUUGUUGCUAACCUGCACCCGUUCUAUGGAACUUUGAUGAAUGUUCUGUAUAACACAGAUCACUACAAGCUGGCCCUGGGGGGCAUCAACAAAGCCCGGCAGCUGAUUGAUGAUUGCGCCAAAGACCACGUGAAACUUCUCAAGUAUGGAGACUCCCUAUACAGAUGCAAAUGUCUCAAGAGAGCUGCUCUUGGCAGGACUUUACUGAUAACUGGCUUUCCCAAUGUUGGCAAGUCUUCCUUUAUUAAUAAGAUUUCCCGUGCUGACGUCGAAGUUCAGCCAUAUGCAUUCACUACAAAAUCUCUAUAUGUGGGUCACACGGAUUACAAGUACCUCCGCUGGCAGGUGAUUGAUACACCUGGUAUCUUAGACCACCCCAUCGAGGAGAGGAACACAAUCGAGAUGCAGGCAGUGGCUGCACUGAUCCACAUCCGGGCUGUAGUCUUGUACAUCAUGGACAUCUCAGAGCAGUGUGGUCAUUCCUUGGAGGAGCAGCUGGCCCUCUACAGAAACAUCAAACCAUCUUUCAGCAACAGACCCAUCCUGAUAGUCCUCAACAAGGUGGACGUCAUUAAGCCAGAGGAGCUUUCCCCCGAGAAAAGGAAAGUGAUCACUGAGCUGCAGGAGGAAGGGGAGCCUGUGCUGGAAAUGAGCACGCUGACGGAGGACGGGGUGAUGGCUGUGAAGACUGAGGCGUGUGAAAAGCUCCUGGCUUUCAGAGUAGAACAGAAGAUGAAGUCCAAUAAGAUGUCCACCGUAGUCAACCGAUUGCAUGUUGCCAUGCCUAAAAAACGUGACGACAAGGAGCGGCCUCCAUGUAUUCCAGAAGCAGUUUUGAGGAAAAAAAGUUCCAUGGAAGUGGAUAAACCUGCACGCAAACUGGAGAAAGAGAUUGAGCAAGAAAUGGGAGAUGAUUACACUCUGGAUUUGAGGAAAACCUGGCUGCUUGCCAAUGAGGAUGAGAAAUAUGAUGUGAUUCCUGAAAUCUGGCAGGGUAAAAAUGUAGCAGACUUCAUUGAUCCUGAAAUCAUGCAG